AUGUGGACUUCUACGUCGACGAAAGAUAGGCGAUCCCAGCCAGAAUUCAAGAUCGGAUACCCUAAACGACUCCUGUGGGAUGAAUUCGAACAAUCUGAGCCAGAGUAUUUCCCUAUCCCUAAAUUUAGGGAGCUCGUCCCAAGGAGAUCCUACUCUCCAACGCCAACCUUCAGCUCGCAUCGGAUCUAUCCAGUGACUAUGAAACACUGCUCUACCCUCCCGCUCUGUCUUCCAGCCUGCUACACACUGCAAGAGGCUCCAGGGCAAGUCUCGUCGACCGUCUGGACAGUGGGUAUAGGUGUCUCCGGAUCGGCUGUGGCCGGUCGACCCAACUAG